AUGGGCAGUCCGAUGCGGACCGAGCCGCUACCCGGGGAGACCCCGCUGCGGGUGCCAGGCGGCCCCUACUCAGUGGUGGUUCUGCUGCGGGGCUACGCGGAGCCCGAGGGGGCAGGCGGGGCGGUGCGGGCGGACGGCUCGGUGACCCUCGUCCUGCCCCGAGCCUGGGCCCCGGCCGCCCGCCCGCGAUCUGCCCGGCCCGAGAGCGUGGAGACCGAGGCAGCGCUGCGGGAGGCGGCCAGCGGCCCCAUCCUCGUGGACACGGGGGGCCCGUGGGCUGGCGAGGCGCUGCUGGCGGCCCUGGCGGGGCAGGGCGUGGGCCCGGGCGACGUGGGGCUGGUGGUGGGCACGCACGGGCACUCGGACCACGUCGGGAACCUGGGGCUGUUCCCCGGCGCGCUGCUGCUGGUGUCGCACGACUUGUGCCUCCCCGGGGGCCUCUACCUCCCGCACGCGCUGAGCGAGGAGCGGCCCCUGCGGCUCGGGCCCGGGCUCGAGGUGUGGGCCACGCCGGGCCACGGCGGCCAGCGGGACGUGAGCGUGGUGGUGGAGGGCACGGCCCUGGGCACCGUGGUGGUGGCCGGCGACGUGUUCGAGCGCCACGGGGACGAGGAGUCGUGGCAGGCGCUGAGCGAAGACCCGGUGGCGCAGGAGCGGAGCCGCAGGAGGGUCCUGGCCGCCGCCGACUUGGUGGUUCCCGGCCACGGGGCGCCUUUCAGGGUGAUCAGGGGAGGCCCGCGGCCCUGCGGCCCGGAGACCCGAGACAUGGACGCCGCCGCUGGGCACUGAGGAAGCCGGGGACCCUGCUUCUGCUUCAGGAAUUAAGGACCCGGAGGUGCAGAGGCUGAGCAGCCAGUGGGAGUCGGCUGCGGGCUUCAAUGUCUCCUUCGAGGACCGACCCCCUUUUCCGCUGUCGUCACCAAGCUGAGACCAAGGACUGA